GCAGAAUAAAGCUGGAGUUUAUCCUGUGGUCUGGACUCACUACCUUCGUCGCAAGGAUGAGCGUAGAUGAGUGUAAACAAAGCCCACGUGCACAGUAACUAAUCUGUAAACGCUCUGUAAUGUUAAUGAUCAGGGUUUAAUCAAGGUGAUCAACAAUGGACAAGUCGCACGGCUGUGGCGAGUGUUGCGAAAAAUGGUCGGAGAAGUACAUCACAUUUAAGAAAAAGCUUGUUCAAAGAAGCCACCAGAUUGUCAGGUACCUGCAGCUGGAACAGGAGAACAAGAAGCUGAAGGAGAAGCUCCUCGACAUGCGUGAAUUAUCACAGACGCUGCGUGCUGAUUGUGAUGGAUACAAGAAUGAGGUGUGUGCCAAGAUGGCAGAGCUGGACUCACUCAAGAAGCUUGCUAGCAGCCACUCUGCAACGCUGGCACACUUGAACCAGGAACGAGACGAGGCACGCAAGGCACAGCAAGAAGCGCAGACGUCACUCGAGAGUUGCCAGGCCACCCUGAAGCAGUACCAGGCACUUAUUGAACAGCAGCAGGAGCAGGCCAAAGCUCAGUCAAGGUCCAAGUCACAGGAAAACCGAGUGUCUAUGCUGGAGAAGAGGCUUCAGACGUGCACCCAACAAGCAAAGCAGGCACGGUCCCAGAACAAGAAAGCCGUGGGCUUGCUUCGGAGCUUUGUUGAACUGCUGAGGCAUCCAGAGUCCUGGACGAGUGCGAAGCUGCAGCAGCAAGUGGAGCGCCUCACCAGCCUCUUGCAAGCUGAAGAUGGAGACUUUCAGUUUGGUUCAUGUCAGUUGGAAGCAUUUCUUGAAGCUUGUGCGUCCUCAACACAAGAAUUAAGUCGGAAUGAACUCAUUGCAAGAAUAAGAGAAAUGCAAAUUCCCAAUCCAUUGUCCCCAUUGCCUCCAUCACCAGAACCAUAUUCGUCAUAUGUGCCUGAUCUAGAGCCCUUAGUGUCAUCUGUGCCCUCUGUGCCGCUGUCAGCUUCAUCGGAGAUGCUCCCUUCAGCACCAUCGCCCAUGCUAAGGCCGUCUACAGAGCCAUCAGACCAUCUUCCACAAGUGCCUUCAUCUGAGAAAAUGCAAUUAGAAUGCCUGUCAGAACUAGCCCCAGACAUGCCUGUGUCUGAUGCUCUGCCGGGACUUGCGCCACCAGCACUUUCGUCAGAAGUUCCUGUGCUGCCAACAGCUCCACACGACACUACUUCUCAGGUGAAUUUGUUGGAGUCUGUUUCACUUCUGCCCAACUCAGAGGCAUUGAAGGAAGCAAGCUUGUCAGAACCUUUGUCGGAUGUCAUCCUGCCAGCAUUAAUGCCAUUGGCACCUACGUUGGAUCCUGUGAGACUGGCACCAGCUGCUUCAUCAUCAGAAUCCUCGGUUUCUUCAUUGCACCUGGCAGUUUCCCUGUCAGAACCAGCAUCCCCCCCUGUUUCACUAGUACAGCCAGCAUCGGUGAUUGCCCUUUUGGAACCAACAUCAGCCAUUGUUGUGCCAGAACCACGAGCGCCUGUUCCUUCAUUGGAGCAAGCACCAGUACCAAUAAUUGCCCUGUCAAAGCCAGUGCAACCUGCUUCAUUAGUGCCAGCACCACCAGCUUCUUCAUUGGAUAAAGCAUUAGUAGUUGCCCUGUCAGAACAACCUCCUUCAUUAGAAGAGACAGCAUCAGUGAUGGCCCCUUUAGAACUAACAUCCCCUGUUGCCUCCUCACUUGAACCAGAACCAGCGCAACCUACUUCUUCAAUGGAUCAAGAGUCAGCAUCAGUGAUUGCACUGUCAAAACCAGCACCUCCUCCUCCUUCAUUAGAAAAGCCAGCAUCAGUGACUGCUGAAUCAGAACCAGCACUACCUGUUUCUGCGUUGAAACCAGAACCAACAUCAGCAAUCAUUACAUCAGAACCAGCACCACCCACUUCUUUAUUGGAACACGAGGCAGCAUCAGUAAUAGCCCUGUCACAACCAGAGCAACUGGCUUCGUUGAAACCAGUGCCAAUAUCAGUGAUUGAUCUGUCAGAAUCAGUGCCACCUGCUUCUUCAUUGGAACAAGAGCCAGCAUCAGUAAUCACAUUAUCAGAAUCAGCACCCCCUCCUUCUUCAUCAGAAGAAACAGCACCUGUGGUUGCUUUUUCAAAAUCAGCAUCCCCUGUUGCCUUAUUGAAACCAAAGCCUACAUUGGUGAUUGCCUUACCAGAACCAGCACCACUUAUUUCUUCAUUGGAACAAGAGCCAGCAACAACAACUGCCCUGUCAGAACCAGCGCCAGCUGUUUUCCCACGGAAACCAGUGCGAACAUCAGUGAUUGUCCUGUCAGAACCAGCAUUGCCUGUUUCACUGAAAGCAAAGCCAACAUCGGUGAUUCCCCUAUCAGAAUCAGCACCAUCUGCUUCUUCAUCAGUGAUUGCCCUGUUAGAACCAGUAGCACCUGUUUCUUCUUUGCAACAAGAGCCAGUAUCAGGGACUGUGGUACCAGAAUCAGCAUUGCCUGUUUUCUCGUUCAAACCAGAGCCAACAUUGGUGGUUGGCCUGUCAGAACCAGCACCGCCUGCUUCGUCAUUGAAACGUGAGCCAGCAUCAGUGAUUGCCCUGUCAGAACCACUAUUAGAAGCUGCAUUAAAACCUGUGCCCACUGGAUCAGAGCCAUUACCACAUGUCUCAUCACUAGAACCACUGGUAACGUCAGUAAUUGCCCUGUCAAAAUUGGCACCACAGAAAUCCUUGUUUAAGCCAGUGAUGGCAGAAAACACAUCGGUGCUGCCUCUAGCAUCGUCUUCAUUAGACUUAAAGCCACCAGUACUCCUCUCGAAACCUGUAGUGAUGACACCUUCAUUGGAGCUGGUGUCUCCACUUCCGCCAAAGCUGGUGCAGCAGUCAAUGCUAGCGCCACUGCCAACAUUGUCGGAACCAGUGUCACUGACACCACUGGAGCCCAAGCUGCCUACACCAGAAUCAAAGCCAGCAUACAAAGUCCCCCCAGAGGAAAGACCAGUUAUAAUGCGGCUACCGGAAAAUUCUCAGCGUGGUGCACUCGCCGGGGAGAGAGCAACGAUGGCAAGCGGAGGAGACGUGGAACAAACUAACGAGGAGCAGGAACUGUUACCAGCAUUGGCAGCACACCGAAUGCAGAAGUGUGCAAAUGCUGACUGGGACUGCAAUGGAGGUGAUAAUGUCAAGGGGAACCGAUUCUGCCUAAUCUCACUGGCCAGUGAUCAUAAGAGUUGGCGUGCUGUUAGCACAACACGAGACAUACCUAGUGGCCCUGAGCAGCAGUUGUGUGUGCAACCAAUGGAGGAGAGGCAAACUGGCAAGGAGCUGAGUGAAGCAUGCAAGCCCCUAAUAGAUGGAGCUGGACAGGAGCAGCUGGCAUCACAGGAGGUGCUGCAAUCCAGCCAAGUGGCUGAACUACCUAAGAGGAAGCAGUGGUUGGCCAGGAAGAGGCAGUCCAUGGACCAACCAUUGGUGGCAUCAGAGCUCAAGCAGGAGCAGCCACAAGACAGCGAGAAAGUGCAUGGCGGACCUACGAGCAAGAAGCUCCGGCUCAGUAAGCAACAGCUGCGUGAGCUCUUCUCGUCCAGCUCGGAAGAUGAGGAAGUCGCAGAGGAAAACACGUACACUGCAUUUCUUGCAAGCACUGAGCAUGCAGCUUUAUGUAAAGCUGUUUCUGGCAAACUGCUCUCUGCAAAGGCAGCACGCACGGCAAUGAGCAAGUUGUCGUGGCUUGCAAUGCAACCUGAAGUGCGACCAGGAGUGGUGGCCUCGUUUGUGCGCAACGUGAAACGUGAUGCUCUCAUACAUGCCGCUCUCCUCUAUCUGGCCCGCACGAAAGCCAACCCUGUGGCAGCAUAUUGCCGUGGUGAGCAGAGCCCGCCCUUGAUCACCAAGCUCGAAACACUGCUGCUCGAUGCACUGGCACUGAAGACCAAUGGGUGGGCCGCACUGUUGUCUUCCUUGCGGGCACGAUUGUGGAGCCCACAGCAGCCAACACAGAUGUUGGCGCAGGCAUCGUAUGUGCGUCUAGUGUGCACCCUGUGCAGCCACCUCAAAGAGCACAAGCUGGCACUGGUCACAGCCUGGGACCUUGUGUGCUCUAGCCAUGCCCCUUUUCUGGUGGCAUCUGCUGUUGGUGCCUGGCCUGGUCUGCUUUCUGCUUUGCCACCCGGGCCCCUGCAGAAGGCUAUUGGCUACAUCCUCCUACGCAGUCCAGCACACAGCCUCAACAGCACGUUGCAGUCGCAGGCCUACAGGACACUGUGUGAGCUCGGCCCCCUGCAGGAAUAUGAGGGAGAUGAGCGGGCACUGGUCGAGGAGCUGCUGGGCCCACUCUUGUCUCCACACCAGCCAUGCAGAGAUGUCUGUGUGACACAUUGCCUGGCACUGGAGCAGCUGUGCAGGCGUUCACCAGUUGGCCUUCUGACUUGGCUGCUUGAAGAGCGACUGGGCCCCCAUGUGCAGCCACUGCUACGCCAGCCCAAUGCUGUUUGCUUUGUCAGGCUUCUAGGGUCAUUGUGGAAGCAUUAUGAGAAAGCGGCUGUCAAGCUCGACACCAUGCUUUGUGAGAUAGCAAGCUCACUCUGCCAUCAAGAGCCCACACUGAGAGAGGCAAUUGUUCAGGCACUUCUGCUGCUACCUGGCCUUAAAGGGAGCCAUUGGUCUGAUUAUCUGCUCGACUGGCAGCAGUCAUCUUAAGUUUGCAAGUGAGGCAAACCAGGUGAUUGGCUGCCAUUACUGUGUGUUAAUGCAGAAGGAGGAACAACAAAUAAAAUAUGAUGGUUUUGUCAGUAAAGCGCCUCGCUAUGAUUAGAGUGUA